GUGAUUUUUUUUUUCCACACUCGAUCUCUUCCCGCGAACGCGAUCGAGCUCCAUCGUCUUCGAUUUCUCUACAGCGAUACUAGCGAUCUUCGUUUGUUGGCACUUUGAUCGAGUUCUUCAUUGAAAAAGGAGUGGUUUUGGGUUUGGAUCGAAGCGGCGGAGUGAGCGGCGCUGGAGGAUGGCGCUGUUUAGGAGGUUGUUCUAUCGCAAGCCUCCAGAUCGACUUCUCGAGAUCUCUGAGAGGGUUUAUGUGUUUGACUGUUGCUUUUCAACUGAGAUUUUGGAGGAGAAUAAGUACAAGGACUACAUACGAGGCAUUGCCAACCAGCUUCAUGACUACUUCCCGGAUGCCUCAUUCAUGGUGUCCAACUUUCGGGAGGGGGAACAGAGAAGUAGAGUCUUUGACAUUCUGUCUGAGUACGACAUGACGGUCAUGGACUAUCCUUGUGAAUAUGAGAGAUGCCCAUUGUUGCCAUUGCAGAUGAUACAUCACUUCCUUCGCUCAAGUGUGAGCUGGCUUUCCAUGGAAGGGCAACAUAAUGUGCUGCUCAUGCAUUGUGAAAGGGGAGGAUGGCCUGUGCUGGCUUUCAUGCUUUCAGGGCUGUUGCUUUACCACAAACUUUAUACUGGAGAACAGAAGACUCUGGAGAUGGUAUAUAGACAAGCUCCAAAGGAGCUCCUCCAUUUAUGUUCUCCACUGAACCCACAACCUUCUCACAUGAGAUAUCUCCGAUACAUAUCAAGACGGGGCUUGGAAUUGCCUCCACAAGACAAACCUUUCACCUUGGAAUGCAUGAUUCUUAAAGUGGUUCCUGAUUUUGAUGGGGAAGGAGGUUGCAGACCUAUAGUUCGUAUUUACGGUACUGAUCCUUUGACCUCUGCUGGUAGAAGCUCGAAGAUCUUGUUCUCAUCUUUAAAGACCAAGAGACAUGUCCAGUGUCAUGGCCAGGCAGAGAGUGAACCAAUAAAAAUACAUGUUCAUUGUCAUAUCCAAGGGGAUGUGGUUAUUGAGUGUGUACAUAUUGAUGAGGAUCUGGGCCAGGAAAGGAUGAUGUUUCGGGUAAUGUUCAACACUGCAUUCAUUCAAUCUAAUGUUUUGCUGUUGAGUCGUGAGGACGUUGAUGUGGUGUGGGAUGCUAACGACCGGUUCUUAAAGGAAUUCAAAGCAGAGAUGCACUUUCAAGAUUUUGAUGCUGGAGAAUCUGAUACCACCAUGGAAGCAGCCAUAGAUGAGGAUGGGACGGAAGUUGCUUCUACAGAAGAAUUUUUUGAGGCAGAAGAUAUAUUGAGCCAUGCUGAUUGGCAGGAUAUCAAGAGGGACUCUGAUAUUGAAGUAAUUGAAAUAAAAACUGCACUAGAAGAUCAAAAUUCCAAUUUAAAAAUCUCUUCUCUAGUUGAAAGGCAAUUAGAGAGCCUUUUGCCACACAACUUAAUUGCUGUGCAUGAGGCAAGUGGUGGUCUUGAAACUGGACCUCUCACAGAAUAUACAGAUUAUAAAGUGGAUAAUGAUCAUUCCAGGCAGGAGAAAGAUAUAUUUGUUGAAAAAACAUUCAGUUUGGCUGAUAGGACCACAGUUGAAGAGACUAACACAUCGAAUGCUAGCAACUUUAAACAGGACAGUGAAGAAGGUUCUAUUAAUCUAGUUGUGGAUGAGAAGAGUAUGAUAAAAGACAACACUCUUACUGAAAAGUUGUUUACCUCAUAUGAUAAUGAUAUGAUUUCGUUUGAUGGGAAGAGCAUAUCACAGACUAACAAGAAAGACACCGAAGAGUUUUCAACUCUAUCUGUUGAUGGAAAGAGUAUGUUCUAUUCCAAGCUUGAUGCACAGGAAGUGGCUGGCAGAAAGAAACCUAUCCUGAAAGACAGCAGUUAUAGGUCAGAUACACCUGAUGUGGCAGAUGAAUCGAGGUCUAUAUCAGGAUUCAUCUAUCACCACAGGGAUGUGGGCAAUGUUAAGGCGGACAAUAAGGCGGGUUCUAGUAUCUCAGGAACUUCAACUAUGGUAGUUCAAGAGGAGGGCCUAUUACAUAAUAUGAUUUGCAGCCAUGAUGUAAAAGAUGUCAAGGAUAAGGCAGUCAUUUUGGAUGAGACAACAAUUUUGAUUGAUGAGAGAAGUGUCAUAGGAAUAAACAAUCACACCUUGGAUGUUAAAUGUAUUAUUACGCAAGCAGGUGAAGAGAAAAAUGGAUUGGAAAAGAGUAACUUCAAACAAGAUGAGAAUAGUUUAAUAUCUGAAAAGUCAUUUGCUUUGGAUCAUAAGAGAAACAAGUCAGAAGUUCCUGCAAGAAUAGAAGGUUUCACAAGAUUUGGAAACAAGAAUUCCAAGCAAGAUAUAGUGAAGAUUGACACAGAGAAGGAAUCUAGUUUAGAUGACAAUAUUCACAAGUCUGUGGCCUCUAAUGUGGCAAAUGAAGUCAGGCCUAAAUCAGAAAUUCCUAAUGGGAACAAGGAUGCAGAUAAUGGCAGUGGAACCAAACUUAGGGCUGGGUCUAAGUUACUCAACUUGGGGGGAACUGAUAUUCAAAAGCAGAAUCACGAGAAGUUGUUGACCAAAUAUCCAUGUCCUCCUCCAUCCACCUCCACCUCCACCUCCAAAAAAACAUCGAACAAAACUGAACAUUCUCCUCUUUUUUCACUGAAGUUUCCUGGAGCAUCUACUGAAUCCCAUCCUCCCCAUCCUCCACCAAUGUGCCGAGGAGCAUCUACCGGAGGCUCUCUUCUGCCUCCUGAAUUGUCCACUGUAUCAAUGCCUUCUGCCCCAGUUGUUUCAGGGCUAUCCGUCAAAAUUCCUCCCCCUCCACCACCUCCACCACCACCACCUCUACUAUCGCCUGUGAGAAAUGUAUCAUGUGACCCGCUGUCUCCACCACUACUUCCACAGCAAAUGAGAGCACCUCAAGGUUCUUCACCACCCCCUCCUCCACCUCCUGUAAUGGCUGGAACUACAAGAGCUCCUCCAUUGCCACCUCCUCCACCACCCAUGCCUUCUAAAAGUGCAUCAUUAUGUCCUGUUACAAUCGCGCCUGCGCCUAAUUCACCUCCACUUCGGCACGGAAAACCUCAGUCUCUUCAUCCUCCUCCAACAGCAUCUGGCCCCCCUCCCCCACCACCACCUCCUGGGUUGCGGGUUGGAGUCCCUUCCCCACCAACUUCCCUUGUGCCACGUGCUAGAGCUCCUCCACCACCCCCUCCCUCCAGAGGACAUGCUCCUGGUCCUCCCCCUCCCCCUCCCCCUAGGGCUUUAGGUGCCCCUUCACCUCCUCUGGGUGAUUGUUCUCAAGCUGGCACAAGAGCCUUGUCACAAAACCUCAUGCCUGGGGGAAGAGGAAAUGGACCUGUUCGACCACCCGGCUGUCCUGCAACAACGCGAAGAUCAUCUUUAAAGCCACUGCAUUGGGUUAAAGUGACAAGAGCAGUUCAAGGAAGUUUAUGGGCAGAAUUGCAGAAGCACAAUGAUGCUCCUAGUGGCUCAGAAUUUGAUGUGUCAGAACUUGAGAAUCUCUUCUCUUCGGCAAUUCCAAAAUCUGAUAGGAGCAAGUCUGAGGGGCGUAAAUCUCUUGGGUCAAAAACAGAUAGAGUUCACCUGAUUGAUCUAAGACGGGCCAAUAACACUGAAAUUAUGCUCACAAAAGUCAAGAUGCCACUCUCUGAUAUGAUGAGUGCUGCCCUAGCAAUGGAUGAUUCUAUUUUGGAUGUUGAUCAAGUGGAGAAUCUCAUAAAGUUUUGUCCGACCAAAGAGGAAAUGGAGCUUCUCAAGGACUAUAAUGGUGAUAAGGAAAAACUUGGAAAGUGUGAGCAGUUCUUCUUGGAGCUGAUGAAAGUCCCAAGGAUGGAAUCCAAGUUGCGUGUGUUCUUUUAUAAGAUUCAAUUUGGUUCACAGGUCUCAGAUCUUAGAGAGAGUUUGAGCACUAUAGACUCUGCAUGUGCACAGAUUCGGAACUCUGCCAAGCUGAAGGAACUCAUGAAGAAAAUUUUGCUCCUUGGGAAUACAUUGAACCAGGGAACUGCAAGAGGUUCAGCUAUCGGUUUCCGUCUUGACAGCCUUCUGAAACUUACAGAUACUCGUGCCACUAAUAAUAAAAUGACCCUGAUGCAUUACUUGUGUAAGGUCCUUGCAUCAAGGUUCCGUCAUAUUUUGAACUUUUAUGAAGAUCUUACAAGCUUGGAAGCUGCAUCAAAGAUACAAUUGAAGACAUUAGCGGAAGAAAUGCAAGCCGUUGUCAAAGGGUUAGAGAAGGUUGAACUAGAAUUAACUGCUUCAGAAAAUGAUGGUCCAGCAUCAAAAGUCUUUCGCAAGACAGUGAAGGAAUUUACCGCUGGCGCCAGUGCUGAAGUGUGUUCUUUAUCAUCUCUAUAUACUUCAGCGGGCAGAAAUGCAGAUGCACUUGUCCUAUAUUUUGGUGAAGAUCCUACACGUUGUCCCUUCGAACAAGUCAUCUCAACACUAUUGAACUUUGUACGAAUGUUCCGGAGGGCGCAUGACGAGAACUGCAAGCAAACUGAACUUGAGAAAAAGAAAGCUGAGAAAGAAGCAGAACUAGAGAAGUCUAAAUCUAUAUCCUCAACAGGACAUGAUCACAAAAAACGUAAGACAACAACAAUCACAGCAAGUAAAGAGGUCAAGAACUUCAAAGCAACAAGGAAAUGAUAUUAAACAAGAACAACAAAUAGCAUUCUAGACCUCAACAUCAUUAGUGCUAUUGGUCUCUACCUGAAGAUCUUAUUCACUUCUUUUUUUCGGCAAAUUCAUCGUCAUAACCAGGGUCAGUGGAUCACAGAACAUGAGCCAGCUGCUGCUGUCACUAUGCCGCUGAAAGCCGAAAAUUUCUUAGAAGAAUCACUACAAUUCAAUUAACCAAAAUUUUCAAUGAUAUAAUUGAGAGAAGGUUUAUGCUGAUGCAUUCUGGAUGUUAUUAUUGCAUUUCAGUCUCCGGAUUAAGCAAGACCAACUC